UGAAGGAAGUUAAAGGGGCUUUUUUGCUUGAGAAACACCACCGAUACAAUAUCUUAAAUGGGCGCUGCCUGCUCACGGGCUACAUGGGACAUACUUUGAAUUAUUUAAUUGCGUCUUGCACGAGCGCAUACGCUGCAUAUUGAGAACAGUCACGCGCAGAUGGUAGACUGAAGCGCGUUCAUGGGAAACGGACAUUUGUUGCGUUUGGGAAGGAAAUAAUUGACAAUAUCGAGCGUGUUUGGCCCCUCUCGUCAUGCGGCGGUGGGGGAGGAUCGGAGCAGGGACCUCGCAGCGGAUUUCAUGUUUCGCAACAAUGUUAAUGCCCCACACCGAGGGAUUAUAAGGCCUCAAAAUGAAACUUUGUUUCCAAAUGGUUAAAGCGCACUCAAUAAGUUGCGUGUAGAGUUUUACUACGAAUUCUAGCGUUAUUGUAUAAAAAAAAGACUAAACAAUUUUUUUUAUUGAUCUUUUGAAGUUAGUAUCAAAACAACCUGACGCCCAAAUUAGUGCUCUCUAGUAAAUAAAUUAAAAGUAAACGUGACUAAAUAUCAAAACUGUUGAAUGUAGCUCCCAGUACAGCAUGUCCAGUCUAUGGUCUGCAUUGGGAUUUGAUCUGCUUUAAUUAAUCAGAGAAACAUUUCGGUAGCCAUCGUGUGUCUUAACGCAUCUUUAUGUCUGAAGUUAUUUUAUGGUCCUCUACGCAAAUGGCGUCUUUCCCAGACCCCGAUCUGCAAACAUGUCCGCUGUGCAAGGAGCUGUGCGGCUGCUCUGCUCCGAUCUCCUCCAAUUCAUCUACCUCCUCCUCCUCUUCCCAGACCUCGAGCUCAUCAUCUACCUCAUCCACUAGGCGACUGCACGUCUUGCCUUGUCUGCACGCAUUCUGCAGGCAAUGCCUGGAGGGCCACAGGCACCCUGGUGACCCUUUGAAGCUUAGAUGCCCCACUUGUGACCAAAAAGUCUCUUUAUCCGAAUCAGGCGUGGACGCCCUGCCCUCCUCCAACCUUCUCUUCAGCAGUCUGCUGGAUGUGGUGGUCUCUGCAGAAGAACAGGGCAAGAACGGGCGGUCGUCUUCAGUGGUCCACCAUGGUGGUCUGCUGAGACCUCAGACCAUCUCUGAUCCGCUGUGCAGCUCUUGUGAUGAGGGUAACUCCGCUACCUUCCACUGCCUGGACUGCCAGGAGUACCUCUGUGAUAACUGUGUGCGGGCCCACCAAAGGGUCCGACUCACCAAAGACCACUUCAUCGAGGGGCUGAUGGAGAGCUUACACCUGGCCAACCGCACCAAUAACUCCAACACCCCGGUGAACAUAUCCCAGUCCUUCCAUAACAGCUUCUCCAUGCUGAAUGUUUUCCAGGAGAGGAUGGACUUCUGCCAGCAGCACGAUAAUGCAGUGCUGUGUUUUUUCUGUGACAGCUGCGCCAUGCCGAUCUGUAGGGAGUGCAGCGUGGGCAGACAUGCAGGUCACAGUUUUACCUAUCUCCAGGAAGCACUGCAGGACUCCAGAGCUCUGACCAUCCAGCUGCUCGCAGACGCACAGCAGGGCAGACAGGCCGUACAGCUGAGCAUCGAGAAAGCCCAGGCCAUUGCCGAGCAGGUGGAGCUGAAGGCUAAGGUUGUGCAGUCAGAGGUGAAAACCAUCACUCUUCGUCAUAAGAAAGCUCUCGAGGAACGCGAGUGCGAGCUGCUCUGGAAGGUGGAGAAGAUCCGCCAAGUGAAGGCUAAGUCACUUUACCUGCAGGUUGAGAAACUACACCAGAAUCUCACUAAGCUGGAUGGUACCAUCGCCUCAGUGACACAGGUACUAGAAGAGGGUCGUAGCAUAGAUGUCCUUCUAGCACGCGAGCACAUGUUAAAUCAGCUACAGGAGCUUAAAUCCCUUCGCUGCAUCCUACAACCCCAAGAAGAUGAUCGCAUCAUGUUCACUCCUCCAGACCAGGCCCUUCUGAGCACCAUUAAAUCCAUGGGCCUCAUCAGCAGCGGAGCCUUUGCCACAGCUUCCAAAGCUCAUGGUGAAGGGCUCAAGAGGGCACUGCAAGGAAAGCUAGCUUCCUUUACCAUGGUAGGCUAUGAUCACGACGGUGAGCCUCGGUUGUCUGGUGGUGACAGUGUGUCUGUUGUGCUUAUGAGUCCAGAUGGUAAUCUGUCCAGUGCAGAUGUUUCUGACCACCAAGAUGGGACUUAUACAGUCAGUUAUCUUCCUAAAAACGAAGGUGAGCAUUUACUCUCAGUGCUCAUAUGCAAUCAGCACAUUGAGGGAAGUCCCUUUAAGGUGAUAGUCAAGUCUGGUCGCAGUUACGGAGGAGUCAGCUUGCCCAUUGCUUCAUUUGGAGAAGAGGGUGAUGGGGAUGGGCAACUCUGUCGGCCUUGGGGCAUUUGCAUGGAUAAGGAAGGUUUUGUUGUGGUUGCGGACAGAAGCAACAACCGUGUGCAGAUCUUCAAGCCUUGCGGCACGUUCCACCACAAGUUUGGCACUUUGGGCUCACGGCCGGGCCAGUUUGAUCGGCCAGCCGGGGUCGCUUGUGACAGCCAGAGGAGAAUCAUUGUGGCAGAUAAGGACAAUCACCGCAUCCAGAUCUUCACGUUUGUUGGCCAGUUUCUUCUCAAAUUUGGUGAGAAGGGAACCAAAAACGGGCAAUUCAACUACCCAUGGGAUGUGGCUGUCAACUCUGACGGGAAGAUCCUAGUUUCGGAUACACGCAACCACCGCGUGCAACUCUUUGGGCCCGAUGGGACAUUCCUCAACAAAUACGGUUUUGAGGGUGCCCUAUGGAAACAUUUUGACUCACCUCGUGGUGUGGCCUUCAAUCAGGAAGGCCACCUUGUGGUGACCGAUUUCAACAAUCAUCGGCUGCUCGUCAUCAGGCCCGACUGCCAGUCUGCACGCUUCCUCGGGUCUGAGGGAACCGGAAAUGGGCAGUUCUUGCGUCCACAAGGUGUAGCCGUGGAUCAGGAGGAUCGCAUUAUCGUAGCCGACUCCCGCAACCAUCGCAUUCAGGUGUUUGAACCCAAUGGCAACUUUUUAUGCAAGUUUGGGACUCACGGUAAUGGCUUAGGGCAGAUGGAUCGCCCCUCGGGUGUAGCGGUUGCGCCUGAUGGAAUGAUUGUUGCUGUGGACUUUGGAAACAAUAGAAUCCUCACGUUUUGACCUAAGGUUUGAAAAACAAAACUGUAGCUGCAGACAGCUAGAAAAUGAGAUUUUGCAUAUCUAUCAGGUGCAAAUGCAAAUUUGAAUGUUAGCGAGGUGACUACAGUUGUGGAGACUUGACAACUCUCUCUUGAAAGACUCCGACUUGAAUGGUCCCUUAAUGUUUUUUACGGUUCUCUCAAAUGCUUACCGUUAUGGCACAGAGUUUUGACUUCAACACGCUGAGUGUGUUUUGCUCUUGGUAUGUGUCUUCAAAUCUAUUUUUUUUUUUUUUCUCAGGGAAUUUCUUGCAUUCUUGAAAUAUUUUCUCUCUGCAUUACACCUACCUCAUCUAGCUUAUGUAUGAAUGUAAUCACGUUUGUGCAGAGACCUAGUCCUUGAAGUUUUAUAAUGGAAUGUCUACCUCCUAUGUUUUUUUUUUCCUUUUCUGUAGAAUGUGAGGACAUGACUGAUUUAAAAAAAAAAAAAACUAAGUAUGAAGCAAUGUUUAGUUAUUUGCACAGUUCGCACAAAUUUAUUUCCUGAUUGUUACUGUGCACAGAGAACGCAAGUCAAAUCCCUGAAUGUUUCUCAUAACAAAGGACAAAAAAACAAACAUUAGCUGCAUGUUUUGGCAGAAACAUUAGGAUAAUAUUUUGAUAUAUAUCUAUUGCGUUGUUUUUUUUAAUUUUGAAAUUGGACUUCAUUUAUCUCAUACCUCAUUUAAACCUAUUACCUCAUUUACCGAACUAUACCUCUGGGUCCGUGAGUCUCAUUACACAUAUACCUCACUUUACAGUCAUUUCCAUUUGAAAAUGAUUAUGCAAGUGUAAGCGAUUACCAAAAAGUAACAUUGUAUUGAUGAAAGUGAUGAAAGAUAUUCUAAAUUAGGCAGAUUAUCAAAACGUAGUCAUUUGAUAGGUCCCACAUGAUGUAAUCAAGACUUUUGCUCUGGCUAUGACAAAUGUGACUGAGAGAAGAAUAGAGACCCAUGGUUAUUUUAAAUGUGUUAUGGAAAGAAAAAAAAAUAGAGGGUUGUCUUUAAAAAUGAUCUUCAGAUCUAUUUUAUUUUUGGGGUGGGACAAUUUAAAAAUGUAGACACUAAAUUGAAUAUCUAAGUGUUAAAAAAAAGACCUAGCCCUUACCGUUGUUCAUUCAUUAUAAUAUUGUAUGUUUAUUUUUUGUUUUUGUUGUUUUUCAAAUGCACGAUUUAGGCAAAGUAAAAAUUGUUUAAACAAUAGAAACACAUCAUUGACACAUCAUAGCUGGCAAACAGGGAUAUAAUCCAGUUUCUCCCAGACUGAAAUGUGGAUUUUUCAUUGUUUUUGUGUGUCCCUUCAAAAUGUGUCUGCAUUGGCAUAUAUAUCUGUAUAGGCCGAGUUCUUAGUUUUACCCAGCUGGCUUUGUUAGAGUCUUAUUACAAACAGCUGUAUUGGAUCACAAGUUGUUUUUUGUUGUUUUAUUUAUUAUAGCAUGGCCUACGGUGCUUCCUGUGUCCAUUUAAAGAAAGAUCUCUUGGGAAACAAUUCGCUCUGUCAGUGUAACAUCAUUUGAAAACACUUAGAAUCAAUUGAGAAUCAGUUUGAAAUUGGAUAGUUUGUGCCUGUCUUGUGGGGAACCAUUUUAAAGUGUUUGCUUUGGUGUUCAAUUGAUUAAAAGAAAAAGAGGAAGCAAAGAAUUUGGAGGAAGGAAAGAAAAAAAAACAGAAUAUAUAGCACUGGUAUACAGCAGAACAAAAGCACAUAACUUUCUAAUUAUAUUUAGCCUAAAGUCAUGUAAUGAAAGUGUUUCUAACAGACAGGACAGUAUAUCUCACUAAUGCUGUUCCAUACCUCAAAAUUGCUACAAGUCUCUUGUGAAAUGAAGUUUACAUAGUGGCGAUGAGCAUUAUUAAUCAAUUUGACGUUUCUCUUUCCGGGAUUAAGUGGCCCACAUCCCCUUGUUAGUUUGUAUGAUUAUCCUUUUAGGACAAGCAUUGUGUUGUGCAUUGUUUAGGUGGUUUUGAAAUGAAAAUGUGACCAUUGUGUGGUAGGCCCACUUACAGAACAAACCCUAUACAUUUGAUAUUCUAACAUUCUUGCGUUAAUCUUUGGGAUUAAUUUGCAAGAUGCUUUCAGUUUUACACGUUAAGCUGAAAACAUUUAAGUAGCGUUAGAUGACCUAUUGGCAAGCGGUCAUGAUGUUUUGUCCUGGCCUUGUUCUUGUAGUCUGCCAGUGUAGAAUCUUGUGUGUCCUAUCAGUCCUGUCAUAAGUAUUAGUGUGCUUGCAUGUAGUUGCUUGUGCCUUUUCGUGAUGCUAGAAAAAAAAUCACAUUUGAAUGUCUUUGCCAAAGGGUGACUAUAAAAAAUGGGCAUGUGCCAAAAAAUGAUUCUUAAGGUCACAGACUUGCGCAUUUGAUUCUUGUUAUCAGCUAGAGCUCUCUUUGAAUCUACUCAUUAGUCUUUCUGCUUGAAUAUAUAUAUAUAUAAAUAACCUCAUUAUAGUGCGUCUAAACUUGUUUUCAAAUUGCUUGUUGAUCUUGGCAUAUUUAUGUUGCAUUUUUAAGGAGAGAUGUUAAGUAUUUAAUUAUUUUGCUUUUUACACAUGGUAAGACCAUAAGGUAGGAAAUUAGAUGGCAAAAAUUUGAAUUUGGAGCUGAAAGACAUCGGCACAUUGACCAUAAUAGAUCAUUAAUAGGACCAGCGAGGGCUACAAGGCCUGUUUUAAUGGAAAUAAGGAGCUUUUGCAAUAAUGAACGAUUUGCUGCUUCCACCUUAUUACAGAUCUGCUUUGUCUUACAGUAUUAAUUUCAUUUGAUCUGUUAAAUAUUUUGCUGCAGAGGUCUCUCCCUUAAUCCCCUUUUCUCUUUAAGAGGGAACAUUUAAAUGUAUAUUUUUGCAUGCUGUAAAGUUCCAUGUAGACAGGUAGAUGUAAAAUAUAGAUGUUUGGAAAAGAAGAGGAGGGAGCAGAAAGACAUGGACGUUUUCACAAUAUACCAAAAAAGGGAAAUUUGUCUUAUUUGGGUGAGUGGUUGACAAUACGAUUGUACUCUAUAUAGAAAGCUUUACAGAGUAAGUGACCUCAUUGCGCUUGAAUCAAAUGCCUUACCACUGCUGGAGCUGCUCUUAGCUGUAGCUUUUGGAAUCCAAUCAGAACUGGAAAGCUGCCAAAGACCUCUUUCAAAGGAAAUCUCAGUGUGUUGAUAUAUUUGUAAAUCAUUUUUUUACAUUUGCCCAAAAGAUUGAUGCAUUCGUCGUAGAUCAUUCGCUGCAUAUAAGACAUCCAUGAAUGUUGGGUGCAUUGUCUUUUGUGCGAUACAACUUUUAAGUUUUUGUGCAGGUUCCCUACAGGACCAAAAAUUGAAAAUAUUUGAAUCCAGCUCCCAACGUUCCCCACUAUAAACUGAUCUUUAACUGUAGUGGUAGUUACAUUUGGCGAAGGAAUCGGAGAGCCAUUUUGUGGGUUGUGAUUGAGCUAACUCGACGAGAUCAGUAUUGAUAAGCCACUAUGUAAAAUCUCUUCAAGCAGUGAUUCUUCAGACAGAAAUUGGGACUACUUUAAGGGACGGAUCACUUUUUUUUUAGGGCUGAUAUGUCAUACAGAUGUUGUUGCUGUCUGUAAAUGGGAUUUUUCUCAAUGGAAAAGACUUUUAUCAAACUCAGUCUGUCUUUGAAUUGCAGAUCAUUGCAUAAUAUAUUUCUUUUUCGUUUUGUUUUAUUUUUGGACAUCUGGUCUCUAAUUGUACGGGUUUUGUCACCAUUUUUGGUGGAUUCCAGCUUAUGACCUCUUCCUUACUGGGAAAAAAUGGAAAAUGUAACAGUUCUGAAUUGUAUGGUCAUAGACCCUUUUUAUGAUUGUAUUAUCUUAUGGAAAAAAAUUUAUGUGUAUACACGCAUUAAAACAACUCAGGUAGCUUUGUAGAGAUUUAAGAUUUGAUUAAAAUUCAAUAUUUGUUUCCUACAGUUUGAUAGUGAAUCUGUUGUUAGUACCUCAACCUUUUGUGUGUUCUUUUGAUGGAAAAAAAAAUGCUGUUAUUGAAUUCCAUGGGAUCCUUUUUCAACCAUGUCUCAUUUAACUGUCAAUGAGGGGGUGAACUUAAUCUAUAACAUUUACACAACCCAGCCUUUAUUUUAUUACCAUGACUUCCAAAUUAAAGAGUUUCCGCUAGCGCCUCUAAUUGAAGGAUUCAUGUACUAUGGUAAAUCUGUUCAAAUUCAUUGGCUGCUACAGACUUGCCUAGAGAUGAAUCAGAAAAGCCUUAAAGCUCAAGAAAUGUGUUUUCAAAAUAGAGUAGAGGGCAGCGGUCUCAUAAUUGAAAUUAGAGUACUAAUAGACGUUAAGACACCUGGCACUGAAAUUUAACAUGCACAUCAACUCUCAGUCAGGCUGCUUUGAAGAGACUUGAGGCUGUGAUACAGGUUAAGCAAAGAGGUGUGGGGAAAAUCUGCCCCAAAGCGCUGACCUGGUGUCAGUUUUGCCUUUUUAAAAUAUAACGAUUAGGGUAGAAUCAAAGUAGCAGACACUGAUUCCAGAUCCGUUGUUCUCUCAGGUGAAGAGGAUAUUGGCUUAGGGGCCCUCCAAGAGGCCCAUGACUCCCAUCUUUUGAUUUUUAUAUCAGUAAUCGCCAUCCCUCUAUUUUUCACCCCCUCGACCAAAGCAACAGAACCACCAUGUAUUACGCUGUGAAUUAGGCUGUUGAGACUACAUAAAAUAUUUAGUGGUCUGCAGUCUUUUUCUCUUGUCUUUGUGGACUUUAAACAUUUCCUAUGCAGUUUUUUUUUCUUUUAUGUUUGGUUGUUUACACUUAAAUAAAGUUCUACGUCUUCGG